GAUACUUAAUAGAUGCUCAUUUCCUUCUGUGACGCAAAAAAGUAAGAAUGGCCGACUUUGAUGCUUUCGAAUCAGCACCAAGUGAUGACAUUGAUCCUGCUGCGGAUUUCUUGGCCAGAGAGCAGUCAGAAUUAGCCGGAUUAGAAGACGAUAACUUUGGUGUUGGGAAUCAGUACGUAAAUGUUGCUGAAGAGAACCAAUAUAUAAAUCAAGGUGAGUAAAUGUUGGCGAUGACACGCCCACCUUAGGCCGUGCCUUAAAUUCAUAAAUCUUAAACUUAAAAUUCUCAGGCUUCAGAAUCAGAUUAUAGUUAAGUCAAUUUUGUGACCUAAAAUUCAGAAACGGGCAAUAAUAUAGAAUUAAAAUAUUUCAUGGCAGUCCCUUAUUUUAGCGUAAUGACGUCCUUUUUACAUGAUGGAAUUACAUUAAAAGUAAUUAUUCAUCGUUUUUUUUGUUCAAAUUAAGUAUUAAGGUAGAUACUUUGGUCAAAAAUUUAAACAUUUUAUAAAAAUUAACCAAUGGCAUAGUUGAAUAAAGCUAAUUUUUCACAGAAUUAUAACACCAAAAUCAUAUUUUUAGCUGUUGUAGUUUUAAAGUUAUGAAUUUUUAAACUACGACUUGGUUUGUCCUUUUUAAUUUUUAACAUGGACUGCAUCUCCAUAUUCUGUGACCUCAUUUCGCUUAUCGCGUCAUGCGCAAUGACUAUAUAGUUUAUAUAAGGCAACGCAUUCCUUUAUCACUAAAAUACUGUUAAUGGUCGACUUAAUUUUAAACUUUCAACUUUGGCACAUGAAUAAUUAUUUAAAGCUUUCCCUGACCAAUGGUUUAAUAGUUUUUGCACACGGCAAACUCUUAUGAAUGAAACUCUGAGAAAGUACUACGAUAUAGCCGUUAUGCAAGUGGCUGUGAAUGGUUGCCAAUGACAACGUGUUGCACAGGGAAAAUUCUGAUCAUUUAUAAUAUGGACUCUACAGGAUUUUUAAAGCUCAAAUUAAAACAUUCCAGUUUAAAUGUCUUCAAAAUGCAUUCUGAAACACAAAAUAUAAAAUAUUUUGAUGUAUAUAGUGGUAAUAAUUAAAUAUUUCCUAAGUAUCGGCAACUUCCGCCAUUAAAAAGGGGGCGUGGCCUUUGCCAUGUAAAAAUUAGGCUGAGCCACCUUAUGGUGAUAUGGGUCACUGGGAGAAGCAUAACGAACGUGGGACACGACCUACAUCAAUGAAACUUGGCACAGAUAUAGAUCAAUAUCUAAUGCUUAUACAGAUUUAAUCAAAAAGGGCCUUAUCUUAUUAUUUCACAAAAAAUUUUGUAUGCGAAGAUGCCUUAUAUAUACCAAAGAUUUUCAAAAUAAAGGUCGAUUGAAAAAAGCAAAAUAGUUGGCUAGAAAUGUAGGCCAAGAUGUCUUCCAAAUUAUAAGGCCAGAAACGGAACUCAAAUAUAUGUUGAAAGAACUAAUUUAAUAAUAAAUAGACACACACAUUGGAAAAUUAAAAACUUGGAUUUUUCGGCGCCGACGCCCAUUUCCGAUACACAAAAAGUAGUAGUCUCCCUUGUUUUAUCGAAGUAUCUAAAUUAAGGUAAAGGUUGAGAUACCCGGGGUUUCCCCAACAUGGCCGCCAUCUUUGUUGACAUGAUCUGUGAGAAGGUCACGGACCAUGUCAACCAAGAUGGCGGCGACUAAAAAAAACAAAAAGUAGUUAAAAAUUUGUUGGGUUUUUUUACAUCUACAAUAUUUGCCGGUUGUUUGGUAGCCGGUUGUUUUUUAGAUAAAUUGGUUAUGCAAGUUAAAUUUACCGCCCGUUUUUUAGUUGGAAUCGUCUGGAAGCUCAGGGUAAAAUGAGUGUGAUGGAUUGGGUCAUGAGUGAUGGUCUUAUUGCUGACCGGUACGAAUGUCCUAAUUGUAAGAAGGGUAUGAAAUUGUGUUCAAGUGCACAUGUUUCAGAUGGGUUUGCAUGGAGAUGUCGUGAGAAAAACCAUGGCUGUAUUAUGCCUAGUAUAAGGAAGGUAUCGUGGUUUAGUGAAAGUAGAUUGACAUUUAGUGACAUUAUAUUAUUGACACACUUUUGGGUUAAAAAACUGCCUUUGGGAAAUAUGGCGACAGAAGUGGGGGUUAAUCAAAGUACUGUAACCGACUGGGUGAGCUUUUGCCGCGAGGUAUAGCAUGUGUUUUGGCGAGUGAGAGCUUAGGCGGAGUGGGUAAAAUUGUGGAGAUGUACAGAUAAAUCUAGGCUUACCUAAAUCUAAAAUUACAACCAAAUUGUAAAUGCAAAAGCCAAAAAAACAAAUUUUGAACUUACCGCCGGACACCGGAGCACAAUAAGACGACAGUGACGUAAUAUUUAAGCACACCUUUCUAUAUCCCCAUUAUUUUAAAGUACCCUAUACGAAAAUUAUUUCUCUAUUUUUCAUUAAUAUUUCGAUCAUUCUGACAUUUCCACACUCUCUGCAUGAAUUUUAAAAACAUACAAUUUCAGUUUUAAAAUCAUAAAAUUUAAUUUUUCUUUUAAUCUUCGUUAAUUAUUCACAUGAAAUCUUGUUCCAACCGGUUAUUAAAAUGUUCCUUCGCCACUUCUGACACUUCAUCCAAUAAAAUUAAGAAUAAAAUAAACAAAAGGGAAUUACUCCUGCACAAAUAUUAAAUAAACUUGCUAAUGAUGUCAUGGGUAUAAGUCUCAACAAUAGCCCAAAUUAAUCAAAUACACAUGACACAUCACACCAUUUAACAAAUUGAUUGAAGUUGUACAAGAUUUUUUCAAAAGUACAUUUCAUUCAUCUUUUUUAAUUCACGGCGCCAUUGUGAUAAAUCAAGGAGAACUCUUCUGUCUUCAAAGAUAUGUAAUAAACCUUGCCCAAAGGGAUAUAUUUAGAUUGAAAUGAAUGUUGUCAUUAUUUUAUAACUAUUUAAUUAUGUCUAGGACUUGGUUCCAAUAUUUCUUUCUAAACCAGUGGUGGGAUUAGACAAGAUUAAAUAUUUAAGUAUUUCAUAUUCAAGGCAUCUUGAAAUAUGUCAUGCCAUCCGUGCGUGGCCGUGUAAAGGUGGUACUCGCUGGGGGGCGCAUUUUCUGUAUACAAAGGGCUGUAGUUUUAAGCUUUGUCCAAGGCUCUGCUAUUCCUUCCCAUGGUCCUUCAUCCAUUACAGACGUAACAUAUCUAGAUUGGGGGGGGGGGUAUUUGGGACAAUGUUUGUUAAAACUUGUAAUGAAAGUGUCAAUUUUUUAAAAAGUUUUUUGACAAUUUCGUUGUCAAUAAAUAUUUGGUGAUUUACAAAGGGGCAAAAAGCAGGAAAGUAGCGAAAUAGGGAAGUGAACACCAGAACAAACAGAUCACUAAUAAAGCAAAACCAGUUAGUCAGAUCAUAUAAAAUCACAAAGACAGUCUCAUUUUUCUCAUCACAAAUCAGAGUCAACCUAGUUGUCAUCUAAAUAACAAGUGUCUCCUAUUGAAUUAGAGUUAACCAACCACAGACCUCUUAAACAACUAGUUUGUCUACUAUGAGAUGACUCACAACUGCCAAGAAGAAGUCAUUCCACUUGCGUAGGAAGGGGGCUGUGGAGGGGGCAGUCCACACUACAGGCGGCACUUUUUUCUUAAUAUGGAUGUGAAGCAUUUUCUGCCAACUGUAGUUUGCUUGUUGUUUUUAUAUGUAGUGGGCAGCACAACUCUCGACUUGCACUGGUCAGCACUAACCCUCUCUAAGCCACUAAGACAUUCUUCUUCAUCCCUAGCUGUUACGGUAUGUCAAGAUCACGUGCACCAGCCAUGUCUCUGGUUUACACCAUGUAAAGUAAUCCCUUGUCCGCCAUGUAUGUGAGUCUGUGCAGGUGGUGGGAAGGGCUGAGAUUACACCAUCAGUUAAUACAUGUACUUCAUUGUAUGACUCCACUGUAAGCCGACGCCUCUGAAAUCUGAUUUGUCUUUCUUAUCUUUUUUUUUACCAUUCUUUAACCGUAUGAAUAGGUGAAAAAAUCUGAUCACACAUCCACUGAAUAGACAAUAAACAAACUUAUCGAUCAACUGAUUUUUUAUAGAAACGUGUUUUAUAAAAUCCCUUCGAAACCAACAAAAUUACACAACAAACUAUUUGGGAAAAAAAGAAAUACAUGUCAUAGUAACCAGUGGAGUGUUUUAAUGUAGUUCCAUCGGAAAAUGAUACAAAAAUAUUUUUGUCCAUUUAACAGUCGAUUCCAUUUUUUUUGUUCUUUUGUGUUUUACUUCACAGUUUUCUAAUAAUAAAUGAAUUUUGUCAUUAAUUGAGUACUUUGAAUUAAAUUUUAAGUGAGCUUAUGAUGGACAGGGCGAGAUGUGCCCAAAGCAUAAUUCACUGUGGGUAGAGCAUAAUGCUUUCUUCUUCAUACAUAAAUUUCAUAGCGGAUAUAGCAAAUUUUUUUGCAUCCCUCUAGAUACCCUGCAAGAAGUGUAAACAAGCUGCGGUCACACCCUCUCCUGAUGUAAUUUCAGCCCAUAAAUUAAUUUCAUGGCAAACAUAGAAACUUUAUUCUAUCCCUUUAGAUAAAGAGCAAGAAGUAUCAAUGACCUGUGGUCGCAUUUUGCCUCGAGUAUCAAUAAACCACAAAUGGUUUAUUUGAGCUCAAAAGGUUAAAUAAAUGUGCUUUCCAUUUUGCACUGAAAAUUAUUCAUUUUCAGCAGUUCAUGCCAUAGAUGUAUUUUUCCACAAAUUGAUCAAAAUGUUCAUUUAGAGGAUCUUAUAAAGCAAGGCAAAUAUAGACAUUUCCUGAAAGGGUAUUUUUUAAUCAUGAACGAAAUGUUGCUGAAUAUAAAUGGUUUUGAAGUAGUCAUAUAUGGGCAUAAAAAAAGAGUGUUUUAGUUAGAAUUCCUACUGGAGCAAGUUACAUUGAGAUCAGCCUGGUAGCUUGCUGUGAACAUGUAAAUAAAAUUUGACAUACUUUUAGCACAGAAUCAGAGACACACCUUCAAAGAAAUAUUAUGCUUAACUCUAAUUGACUUUCCCUAUUUCUUUUGCUAGAAUUCGAAAGCUAUGAACAAGGCCUACAGCAAGGGUCAGGCGGGCAACAGGUAUUUAGUUUAUCUUUCAUACACCCAUCAAUUUUUUUUUUAAGAUGUUUUAAAAUACUUUAUAGGUUUUAAGUCACUCUUUUCUUUUUUUCUAAAUGAGAAAUACUUCUUACAUUUGUGUGGAAUUAGGAAUAAAUUUGUGUCCUGCUCCUGUACACUUUAUAACUUUCCACAUUUUAUAUCAUUAACUGUGAGAAAUUCCCCACUCAUUUCUCUUCUUGUUUUUUGUUUUGUUUUUUUUUAUAUAUAUAUAUAAAUAUUUAACACUCACAGAUUAAAUUGUUGGAUCUUAAUUAAAUUUGGGGCUUCUGUGCCCAUUAACCCCCUUUUUUGUUUACAACUUUUUUUGUUUUGUUCAUAAUGGACUUUUAACCCUAUGUUUAUGUUAUUAAAAUAGUUUUUAAAUAUGUUUUUAAAAAGAUUAUCACUGGCUUCAAAUUUUUAAAAUGAUCGGUCAGAACUUUUUUUUUUUGUCACAGGGGUCAAUUUUAUUUUAAAAUAUCUAAUCCUUGCAUUGUACUUGGCCACAGUGAGAAAAACUAUCUGUAAUCUUAACAUCAAAUCUUAUUUUUGCUUUUUCUAAAUAGUAUAAAGGAUCUUUUUUUUUUGUAUAUAAAACAAUAGAUCGUUAUCAAGCAUAGAAAGUGAUGACUUACCAUGUGGCCCUUUGGUGUUUCUUCCAAUUUUUUUCACACAUACUUUGGUCCCCCCACAUAAAAACCAUUUUACUUCAGAGUGCUUCUGAUGGUGGAUUGGGCGAGUUUGAAAUAUUAGGUGGUGGAAAUGAUGACUUUGGCGGUGACACUCAUCUGUAUGGGGGCUAUAACGAGGGCUCUGAUCAAUAUGAAACCUCAGUGAGGACAGCAGAAGUUUUUUUUCUCCAUUACUUUUUCACUUUUAUACAUGUACUUUAUUACCUCCCCUUUGUGCAAUAACCCAUUUGCAUACUCUACAUUCAUAGCUGCAAUCUUUUCACAAGACUUUUCAAAAAUUGAAAUGCACUUAAUUUUAAAUGUCAAUUGCUACCGUAUAGCAAUAUCUACUUAACAUAUUGAGUUGUUAUUUUAUUUAAAAGGAUAAGGGUCAAUUUUUGGUGCAUAGCGAUCAUAUUGUGGAAAGAGUGUAUUUAUCUUUACGGUUAUGGUUAUUCAACCUUUACCCUUAAGAAAGCCAGUGUACAUUUGUUUUGUUUAAAAAAUGCACUUCCUUGCUUUCUAGUAAAAAAAAUAUUAGGGUUCCAUUUUAUAUAUAUAUAUAUAUAUAUAUAGAGAGAGAUUUUUUAUUUUUUUUUUUUUUUUUUUUUUUCCCCUGGUUUUUUUUUUUUUUUUAAUUUUUUAUAUUUUUAUUUUCCUGUUUUUUUGGAAACCUGUUUCCUGGAAAACUUUUUUUUUUUUUUUUUAAGAGAGAGAUUUUUUAUUUUUUUUUUUUUUUGCAUGUCCCCUGGUUUAAUAUUUAAUUGUAACUUCAUACAUUUGUAUUCACCUGUUUCCUGGGAAACCUGGUUCCUGGAAAACUUUUUUUAUUAUUAUUUCCUUAGUUAACUAAUGAGUUUCUUAGAGUUAAAAUGAAGGGCACAGAUUUUCCAAGCUUUUUUUUUUUUAAUCUAUAAAUCACACCAUUGUGACAUUUUAGCUAUUGAUUUAUGCACCAUUAAAAUGUACAGUAAUUAAAAUUUGGUAGUGUUGUAGUGCUUGUUUAGUGUAUUUAUCACUGGCAACUUUAGAGGGAUUAUUUCUGCCUUGUUACACACAUUGCCUUACCCAUCAAUCCAUUCGUAAUUUCUCGUACCGAGUCUGAUUAAUAUAUUUUAAAGCUAGAAAUUCAGAUAAAUAGACUAUGUUAUAUCCUGGUAAAUAUAUUUUAAAAUGAAUUCUAUAAAUAGUUGUGUAACCAAACAGUGAUUGAAGUAAGGCGGUUAAAGUCUUACCAACAAAUUUUAGCUUGUUAUAAACUUACAAAUUUAUUUGAGUUACACACAAUCAUAAGGAAAAUGUAGUUUUUUAAGGAGUGGAGAUGAAACAUUUUGGUGACAUGGGUCUGUCCAGUUUUUCUAUCUGAUAAACAAAUAUAUUUACAUAUAGAAAAAUGUUUUAAAUUGCUGUCAAUUUAUUAAAAUUUGGCCUAUAAUAUUAAUCUUGUUAACAUUAAUUAUUGCUCAUAUAUAAUCUAAUAUAAGCAUUGCUCUGAAAACACACAGUAAAUCAGAAUACAGUAUGAGUCUUUUGACUGGAUUUUGCUAUGUUUAUCCAAUUGUGCUCUUGACAUGCUUGCCUUUUCAUGUCAUUAUAACUAUUUUAACAGACCAAUGGCCCAAGCAACAUGUAUGAGGCUAUAUCACAACAAGACUCCACGAGAGCUGUACCAGAGAAAAUCAAAAUUUGGAGAGAAGAGCAGAAAACAAGGAUAGAACAGAAAGGUUUGAAUUAUUGCAACAAUGUUAACUAUUUGUUAUAGAAUUUAAGAGAGAGUUGAAAAAAAAGUAAAAUUGUUACAAUUAAUCAACAUUUUUUUAAAGGCUGAAAUUUCUUGCUGUCAAAUUAUUCUCAUGAUAUGAGUUAAGCCUAAACUAAGUUUAAAAAGAGUUGAUAGAAAUUAUUAUAAAGCAUGAUAAAACUUUAGUCAACACAGCUAAAGUUUUGGCUAAAAACCUUCAGUGGGGGGAAAAAAUGAAUAUAAAUAUAAUUUUAAGAAAUGCUUAUUAUUGUGAGUGUUAAAAAAAAUAUUAAAAACUCCAAGGAAAGCAUGGCGCACACCCCCAGCCUGAAAAUAAAUGAUUAGGAAGUGUGAAUAGUGAGUUAACCCAGAUAAAUUUUUUUUGUUCAGUAUUUUUAAGCAUGUUGCCAAAAAAUCCUAGGCGAACCUAAUAGCAUUUCCUUUUUCAGACAUCUUGGAUGUUAAGACUUCACUGUUGCUAUUGACUAAGUCUGUGGAUUGCCAAAGGGGUUCUGGAGAGUACAUAUAAUCAGCUUGUGUUUUUUGUUUUUAGACUCUGAAGAAGAGAAGCGCAAGAAAGAGUUGAAGGAGAAAGCCAAAAAAGAGCUUGAUGACUGGUACAAACAUCAUUUGGAGCAACUUGAAAAGACGAAGGAGAAUAAUAGGUAAAAGUGUUGAAUGAUUAACCCUUUAUAUGUUGACCAAUCCAUGUAUUUAACAUUUCACCAGUGGGCAUUGGUAAAACAGACAAAGUUAAUUCUAGCUUACCAAGAAUAAUUGAGGCCAAAAUAACAAAUAACCUGGUUUUACCUUUUGGUUUUGGUAAUUAAUUAAACCUGAUUAUACCUUUCGACUUCCCUGUUUUGUAAGAUUAGUGGGCAGGGUGGGGCUGUGUUUUUAUUAUGGAUGUGGCUUCAUCAGUUUUUUUUUGUUGUUCUUUUGCAAUGAUCAAUUUUCUUGUAAAUGGUCAUAGACUGUGGUUAGAUGUAUGGCUAUAAAGCUUUAAAUUUUGCUUUGUCUCUACUUUUUGCAGUUUUGUAUUUGUGAUUUAUAAUGUUCACAGACACACAGCAAUGGUGUUUAUAAAUGGCUGAUUGCUUUGCCAUAUUGUCAUACAUGAGUUGAGACAAUCUGCAAUCACCACCUUUUUAGAGUUAUAUUUCAGCUUGCACGCGUACAUCUUAUAAUAUUUCAAACUGAAAUUUUUAUUUUAUUUACAAGUGUUUGCUGAACUUGGGUUAUAAAAACAUUAGCUUCUCUCAUAACUUGUUAGUGUUCAAAAAAAAUUUUUUCCUUAAGAUUAUCAAGUCAAGUGAAUUGUCAUGCAGCGUUUGAAAAAACUAUUGAUUCUGCUGCUUGUAUAACAAAUAUCAUAUCAAGUUGCCUGUUUGGUUUGAGCUUGAUCACCCAUCAUAUGCUUUACAUUUGGCCUUCUCUAGUAACAGAAAAUCAUUGCGCAGAACGCGCCUAAAGUAACAGCACCGAAAAGAGAACACAAACAAUUUUGUCUUGCUGUCCUAAGUAAAUUUAUUUCUAUAGAAGAAAAACUAACAUACAAGCUACUAUCACGUUCAUUUACCAUGUGUAAUGUAAAUUUAAUAGUGUGCAUCGCCUCGCUGUUGCCAGUGUUCAUAUUCCUCAUUUAGAUUUUCAAACUUAUCACUGAACAAGGGUUGCUGCAGACCAAAUGAAACUAUUUUCUCACACAAAGCAGACACAGUUCUUGGCGGAGAAUGACAGUUGAACAUACUCUCCUUUAACAUUCUCCUCAAGCAGGCAACAAGUGGCGUAAGAUCAAGGAGAUUGACACAUGUACAGGAAGCCAUUAACGUGAUAUGAUUUCUCCUGGAAAAAUUUUACUGCAGCAUGGCAGUAGAUCAAGUGGUACGGCUGGUCACCCCGUUCCAUUGAUAUCAUCGUCUAUUCAUGGGAAGGUUCCUGGCAUGAUGGGACCUUCUAAAAUCCUGAAGCAAUGGUGGUAUCUCCAUUCCCCUGUAGAGUUCUUUUACAAUAUGAGCCUUGCGUCCUGAUCCUCUAUGAAAUAGGGGACUAAUAAACAUUGACCACAUUGUCACACUCGCACUAUGUUCCUGUGUACACUGUUGUCUCACGAUUGAUGAAGCAGUCCAAGUGAAUGCGACUUCUCUCCGAGAGCCACACAUUCCUGAAGGAAGUAUGGAUUCUCGUACACCAUGGCAUAAAAUGCUCCAAUGAUACAUUAUCCUAGCUUGCUUAUCUGACUCUGACAAGCACUGUCCCACCUAUAUCUGGUACGUAACUGCACCUAUGUCCUUAUAAAAACUGCUAACGGGCAUAUCACUGAUGUUCAGUUUCAAAGAUGUUCAUGGUAGACUUUUAGGGGUGACUUUUGAAUCUGCUGCAGAACAUGUGUGCUUCUCAUUUUUAACUGGCCAGCUACUUAAAAAGACACUUCCAGGAUGGUGAAAUUUCUUAACAAUAGACAUCGUAGCCGUGUUUCUCGGUGUCGUCUGAUUAAAUGUCGCGUAAUUUCCUUGCCACCUUUGUCAUGCUCUGACACCUUACAACACUAUCUGUCCAAACACAACUCAGGGAACACAUGGUGGCUAGAGCUAUUCACCUUUGACAAAAGAUGAUACACAUUCAAGAUGUGUCAGUUUUAGUACUGUUACUUUUGGCGCAUACUGUAGAUCACAUAUAUGGACACUGGCAAAGUUUUUGAUGAUUGGCUUUGCACCUGAUUUUGCAAUGCAGUCAAUUAAGAUCAUAAUGUAAUGUUUUAAUAUUUCUGAAGAACAAUUUGUUAUCAUUUGACCACACUGCUUUCUUCUAGUACAUUUUGCAAGACAAAAAUUACUCCUUUGAUUUGCCCUUAUUGUUGAGACUUUACUUCACCGAAACAUAGAGCUGAUAAGUCUCUUUUCACGUGCUCAAAGCAUCUGAUAGAAUGUUUGUUUGUUACUCUCUUAAUCCAACCUUGACUCCUGUAGCUGGUUAGCGGAUAUCCCACAUUAUUUGCUUCUUCAAAUCAUAUUUGCUUUUCCAGGAAGCAUAAUGAUGUAACUGAAUCCCAGGGGUAUGAGAUUCUCAUGACAUUUCAUUGUGAUGGUGGUGUAGUCGUAGUGGUAUACAUGUUACGUACUCAUCUAUUUACUUUGUGUACUUGAGCACCCAUUAGCAGCUGUGACCUCCAGUCCUUACCUCCUGAUACAUUAAUUUGAUUAACCUUAUUUUUAUCUCUACUUAUUUUAUCAACAUUUAGAGUUGAAUUUCUUAUAAUAAGCUCACAUACCAAGUUCUUUUAAGUUUUAAAAUUCUGUCGAAUAAAUAAGCCCAUUAAUUUAAAUGUAAAUUUUUUUAUUACUAAAAUAUUAUACACUUUAUUUCCUAAAUAAUAUAUUGGCGAGUCAGAUUGUCUUUCAUGUGUGAAGAACAAAAUAUUUUGUUUGACAUAGUUUUUUUUUUUUAAUUUUACUGUCAAUAGUUUUCUUGUUAAAUGUUUCUUUUAGUUUACUUACUAAAGCAUCAUAACUGUAGCGCCAGAUUUUUGUUUACCUUGAUUCACUUUAUGGUACACAUAGUGCUUGUAUGGGAGUAAAAAUUUUUCAUAUCUGUCAUUACUAAUCGUUCUCUAGCUUAAUGUAUAGAAUUUGGAGUUAUUAUUUGAUCUCAACAAAAUGAAUGAAAUGUGUUCGAAACUUCUAUUGUCAUCUAUGUAGAUAACAUUAUCUGCUUUAUAAUUUAUAAGUCAUUUAAAUUUAAGAUAAAAAUUUGUAGUGGAAUCAAAUAGUUUUUAUGUUCUAUUUCAUUAAGCCAACAUUUAAUAUUUUAAAUAAACAUGAAGUAUAUAGUGAAGAAAAUCUUUGUGUCAUUCUGCACUUUGUUCCUUUUGAAACAGAUGAUUUUAUGGGAUGUUUAAGUUGUUUCAGAUUCAGCUGCAUGAAAUCUCAAAGUUCUUUAAAAAGAAUCUUUUUUUCCCUUCAUAUUAUCAAGUUUGUGUAAGUUUAGUGACUAUAAAUAUUCUUAAAAAUGAAGAAUAUUUUAGUCAUCAUAACUUGAGCGGGGUUUUUUAUAAUGAAUGGCUUUAAACUUUGCUUUGUAUCUCUAGUAUAAAUAUAAAUGAUAAUUUAUACGUUUUUAAUUUGGAUGAAAUUAUCAAACCAUGUUUAACUCUAAAAGCAUACCAUUAACAUAGCUUGACUUCCUUCGGUUAUAAAUUUACAGUUUAAAUGUAUAUAUGCAUUUAGAUAAACAUUUAGGAGACAGAAGCUUGAGAGAAACAACUUUCUCUAGUUUUUGGCUAAGAAAAUCAUUUUUUUUCUUUUACUCAAGAUGUUUUUUUCUAUAAUGAAUGUAUUAAAUAUUCUUGUCCUCUAUUGAAACUUGUCUUAUUAGUUCUAGAUGUAGUGGUGGCUGGUUGUAGUUCAGUUGUAGUUAUUCUCUUAUUUAAGCAUUCUGAUUGGUUUAAAAAGUGGUUUGUAAAAGCAAAAUGUUCAGCGCUUGUAAAAAAUUAAUUAUCCUACCCAACUCUCCCAGUUUAUUAAGGAUUUAUAAAAUUUAAGCUUUUGUUUAAUGGGAUGCUGAUAUUUUUGGUUGCAUGUGUAAAUUAUGUUGUCACAGUCAUUUGAGCAUUUCUAAUAGUAAUAGCUUUUUCUAGUGAAUGAGAGUACUGAUAGGAAAAUAGAGACAAAAAAUUGGUGAUGGGCAGCUAAUUAGGCUAAAGAAACAAACAAAAAAUGAUUGAUUUAUUUGUAAAUUCCCUGUAUAAACGAUUGCCCCUGAAACAUAUUAUCGUCAACUAUUUGAAAUAUUUUGGCUCAUUUGUUUUUUGGUCAAGGAAUGUGCUGUAAAGAUAUUGUUCCUGAGUUUUUAAAUGUAUUACUUUCUCUUUAUUAUGAUAGUGUCUGGUGCUAAUUACUGUAGUGUCCAUGUUGUUACCAUUUGUUAAGGAUCAACUAUUUCCUGCAGUACUUCUAUCCUGUAGUUUAAUAUGUAUUGGCCAGCUAUGUGGGUUUUUUUUUUUCAUUAUCCAAUUCACAAUAUGCACCCAAUGCAGCAUUUAUUACAUAAUAUUGGCAUUUUUAUUUGUGUACUCUAAUCAAAGAGUUUAGAGCUCCUUUUCUUUAGAAUUGGUUAUUAGAUUUUGUUCAAAACUGUUUUAUUAUAAUGGUGAAAUCAAUGAUAGUGAUAGCUUUAAAAUAUAAUUUUAUGCCCUUCCUACCUUUUUUUUUUUAAUUCCGUUUUAGAAAGCUGUUUGAACAAUUUACAGAGAUGAUCAUGCUGCCUUUUUAGAAUAAUCAUGUCAACCAUUUUGAUUUCUUUCACAUGAAUUAUUUCUUCUAUUUUUUUUUAUUAUUUUUUUUUUAAAUUUAUUUAUGGUACGUUCAUACCAGUAUCAACUUUAAAAAAAGAGUUUGGCAUAGGUAAAAAAAAAAUGAUUUUUUUUAGACAAGAUUUUUUGUGUUGAGCCAAGAAUUCUUGGACAGUCAUCAAUAAUUCUCUACAUUUUUUAUUUCUCAGAGCUGCUGAAAAUGCUUUUAUAAAAGAACGAGAUGAGAAGAUUCCUGGCCAGGCAUGGGAAAAAAUUACACGCCUUUGUGAGUUCAACCCCAAAAACUCCAAGUGCACAAAAGACGUGACAAGAUUUCGGUCUAUUUUACUACAACUUAAACAGACACCACUGGUUCGCUAGUCUGUCGCUUGGGUAGAUGAAAUUUGUUUGAAGAAUUUCUGUAUCAUCGUAACAGUAGCUGCUAUCAUGAGAUAAAUGAUAGUUUAAUUCAAGUAGACUUUAAAAAAAAUGAUUUUAAAGUUAAAGUAGUACAUUUUUUAAUAUACAAAUUAUACAAAAAUGUGUUUUUUAACAUCAGACUUAAUGAAGGUCAUCUAAUACUUAUUUCUCAAAAGUUGUUAAUUAUAUAUCCAAAAGAAAAACAUUUUUGAGGAGCAAUCCAUUUUCAUUAGACAAUAAAAUAUUUUUAAAAUAAAGUGUGUGUUCAUAAAAGCAUUUCAGUUCCUUCCAUUAUUUUAGGUGAAGUUAUCAGUUUCAUUGACUGUAAUGUUAAUUUUGGGAUUCUUGAACCUAAAGAUGUAGUCCAUUAAAAUGUAUAGAUCCAUUUAAGGCCAUUGCACUUCUGUCAGUUCCAUUAAAAAAUAAGUUGUGAUGGUGAGACUGGAGCAUGACUAAUGCAAUGGCUGAUGAUUGUGUGAGUGAAAAGGUCUACUGUUUUUUUUAAUUACCUGUCAAUAUUAGUUGUUGCAUAACUUCUAGAUAAUUGUUGGAUGUUUGUACUGAGCAUAAAUUGAUUUUAGCUGUCUUAAAAAUAGAACAUUUUAAAAUUACAUUAAAAUUUUGUUUGGUAUUUUCGGAUGCCUGGAUAUUUAUUUUAAAAUUUGAGAUAUCAUUCGCUUGACAAAUUUUUCCAAUGCCCUUCAAAAAUGAGACUUAAAAAAUGUGUCAGCCAAUGCCUGGUCAAUAAUGUGAGCAUAGACUAGGUGCUUGUAUAUUUCCAGUGAUAUCUCAGUAUACUUUUUUUAUUAAAUGUCAAUAUUACUUGGAAAUUUAACUUAAUAUGCAGGUUUUUUCUUGUUAGAAAUUUUUUAGAUCGACAAAAAAAAUGAUUCAUUUCAUAGUUCCUAUUAUUAAAUUUGUGAUUCUAACCACAAAAAAAAAAUUAAAUAUCCAACAUUAUGUGCCCUGCCUUUAAUAAUUAAUAAAUAAAUUUUGAAAUCUUUAACUUAUCCCUGAUUACAAUGAUUAUGAUGUGAAGUUUGUGUGUAUUCAAUUCAUUCCAUGGAGUUCUUUGUAGGAAACUAAUAUGUGCCCAUCUUGAACAUGAACAAAACAAUCGAGGCAUACAAAUUUUAAAGACUUGUAUAUUUUCUGUGUUCAUAGACAAACACAGAAAACAUUGGUUAUUGUUGUAAUGAAUUCAAUUUGGUUAUAAAGAAUGCAUGUAUCAAUAAAAAAAAUUUGGUAAGCUUAUGACAUUUCUGUAAUUAUUUCUUGUGUUUUCAAUGUGUCAAAUAAUCUUGCACCUGAUAUAUUUUGAGGUUAUUAUAUUUUAUACCAGAUAAAAAAGAUACAGGUAGUUUUAAAAAUCUUGGAAAUCCUGGGAAGACUGAUGUGAGAGUCAGGGACACUUUGUUAUCUUAGUAUUUUGAAGUUAAUGUGUGUGAACUAUCAUUCUUUUUUUAUGACCUAGGAUUGCUGUUAUAACUUAAUACCAAAAAAAAAUUUAAAUUUAAGUGUUUCCAUACCUUAGCGAUUAGAAUGUUUAGAUUUUGUAUUGCAAAAGCUUUAAGUGUACUAAAAUAAACUAUAUAAGCCCACACUUUUAUAUCAUAUUAGUCAUGAAACAUAAACUGACAUAAUCUAUUAUUUUUAAAAAGUACGGUAUUAAAAGUAAAGCUGACUAAGUGAACAAAACAGUUCUUUUAUAAUCUGAAUGCAUUUUUAAAUUAAAUCUGUUAGAAUUUCUUGUUAAGGUUUUUUUUAUAAUUACUCUGUUGGAUAUGUAAAAUAAUUCAAAUUAAAGAAAAUAAAAGAUAUUUUUUCCUUUAAAAGAUAUCCAAGAAAGUGGAUCAAAUUCAGGAAUGUGUUAUCCUACAGAGUUUAAGAGGACCUUAAGUUUCAGAGUUUAUUUAUAAAGAAUUUGAACAUCAAAAGCAUUUAAUUAAUCUUUGGGGCAAGGAUUUUCAGCGGAGCUGGAGCUCUGAAGAAGGGUCUUUUUGCCUGGAUCUGGCAACUAAUUCAAUUAAUUGAUUUGUCUAAAUUGAUGCCCUAUUCUUUCCUAACAGCUAUGUUGCCCCAAUCUUCUACUUAAAGCUACCUUGCUCCAUUCUUUUUCAGCUAUGUUGCCCCCCACUCUUCCACGGCUAUGUUGAUAAUACAUGCAUUUCUAUGGCCUAGCUAAUUUAUUAAGGUGAGUUAAUGACGAUGAUAAACACAUUUUUUCAAACAUUUAGCACCCCAUUUAACCACCACUUCUAAUUUAUAAUUUUGCCAGAGCUCAGAGAGUAGCUGACAAAAAUUUGUCCGGAGUCGAGUUCUGACAAAAAAAGCCUUCUCCAAAUCCCUCCUUUGAAAGGUCUUAUUUACUCUGUUUGAAAAAAUAUAACAUGAUUUAUUUUGAAAAUGUUUAGUAAGAGAUCCAACAAAUUUUAGUAGACGGUCAUAUCCGCUCUCUGGUCUAUCAAUCAUUUGAAAAAAAUGUAAGUUAUAAAUGUUCAUACAACAUAUGAAACGCCUAGAAUUUAAACCUUGUAUCUAUCAUAACUGAUAUCUGAUUAAUGGACUUAAUCUGCUUGUACCAGUGUAUGUGCAUUUUUUUUAAGCAAAAUAAAUACAGCCAAUACUUGCAGACUGAAAAUUAAAAUAAACCCUGGAUACCAUAUGUAUUUAAUUACUUUUUUUUAAAUUUUAAUAUGAGAU